AUGGCCUUACCAUCCACCUACCAUCUCAAUCAUUCCCUACCCAAUCGAUCACCGACUCAACGACCUCGUUCCUUAUCUUUAUCAGAGUAUCAACCCCUAAACUUCGAUCGAGAUGCUUUGGAAUCAGCAUACCAGCAAUCGCUCAAUCUCCCUUCGAGCCAUUCAAGCUCUCUCACUGGACACUCCGCGUCCAACUCAUUCAGCUUCAAAGGACUAAGUACCGAGACGCACAAUACUACCGCCACGGGCAGCUCCGAUGAUAUGUUGACACAUCCAAAAGGAGCUUUUGCCGGUGUAGGAGCAGGACAUACACUCACACCACCUCAAUCACCAAUACAUAAAGCUACCUCCAAACUUAAUCAGGCAACAUUGUUAUCACCUAUACCUUCUACUCCAAUUGAUAGACCACCUACACCACCUCCACGUCCUAAUGAUGAGGAACUUCCCGAAACUACCUUCCAACCCCCACCUCAGCCACGUCUCCCACCCAGACCUGCUCUCAGACAGAAACCGAGUCCACCGAGUUUAACGAUGAGACGUAGUCAGUCGGAAGUGGAUAUGAUAGGACAUCAACAGUGGGAUGGAGCAAACGAGUACAUCGAAGGUGAUGGGCAUGGUAGAUCAAAGAGGAGAGCUUUGCCUGCUAUACCUACGAAUGUACCUGCCCCCGAACCACCUCAGUGGGAACCAGAUUACAAACCUCAAAUCCCAAGUGAACUUACAGCGCCUUCAGCCCAAUACGCCUACGCGAGUCUCAGUGCACCCCCUCCGAACCUACCGCCGAGAAGGAAUCAGAGAUCUCAACAAAUCAGUAUGGGCUCUGCUCCUGGAUCAAGCAUAAACGUCAACGUAGCCGGACCCAGUGGUUCUGCAUCUGCAUCCGGCUGUGGAUCCGGAGUACGUCCCCCUAUGAGUACUGGACAGAGUAUCGGCACUAUCGUAUCUUCCACUUCCAGUUCGGGUGUAGGUGUCCCAAUGCAAUCUCCCCCAGCGGGUGCACCAGAUUAUCCUCCAACCAAUCAGCCUGGGUCGUCCUCCUCAUUAACAAAUAAGCCAAGGAGAGAUGCGGAGAAAGAAGUCUUAUUGAGAGCACAAGAUAGGAUGUCAAUUUGGUCAACUCAUUAUCUCGAUCCAUCUUUGAAACAAUCGUUAAUACAUGUUCCGCACCAAGUUACCAAUGCGGCUAAUAUCGCUUUGAGCGGAUUGUCAAGUGGACCAAAAGAAAAGUACAAUACGACGAUUGGAGCUCCGAUAGAUGGACUGGCAAAAAUGGCAAAAGAAUGGGUGGUAACUCCCGAUGCGAGGUUUAUAGCUGAACAUGGUGGGAUUGAGUUAGGUCUGGGUGUGAUCAAUUCACAUAAUCCGCAACAACAGGAUUGGGAGAAGGAUAAGGGGAGAAAGAAAGCGAGAGUUGAGGUUAGUAGUAAGACGGGUGGGAUAAAGGUUGAUAUUGUCGAACUAGAUCAAGACAGACAGAUUGAUCUGAAGAUCGAAACGAAAUCUGGUGAUGUACUUGUAUUACUACCAGAUGAAUUUCAUGGUCCAAUCCAUAUAACAUCCUCUCGCCCUCCUGAAUCACUAUCGAUAAUAUCCCCAUUACUCAAACCGCUGUCAAACCCUUACUCCAAUUUCUAUACGACGUUUAUGGUCCCCCUAUCGCUUUCGAGAAAUAUGAAGAAAUCCAAUUCGGUCGAAUACAACUCUAAUGUAAACCUUGAGAAAUACCUUCCAAAGAGCUUCAAAGAGCAAAGUGAUCUUUUCGAUCAAUUGUAUGGUGGAUAUCAAUCGCAUUCGAGGAUUGAUCAUUCGAAAAUAUCCAUUAGGUCCGAUAAAGGGCGGGUAGUUUUGGGAUUGAGAGAAUCGAAAGAUGAAAGGGAUCUUGAAGGAAUGGGUUUGAGGGUCGGUGUGAAAGGUGGUGAAGGGAAGAGAAAGAGGUGGUGGAGGAUGUCAACCUAA